AUGUUUUGGAGAUUUGGCGGCUACGCCAACAUCUCGACUAUCGAUACCAUCCUUGAUAAGCCAGACUUCCAACUUGAGGAUCUUCUCGACGAGAGCGACCUAAUCCAGGAACUAAAACAACACAACACUAAGCUAAUCGAAUUUCUUCGCGAGUCUAAGGUCCUCGAGAAGCUCCUUGAAUAUGUCAUCACACCGAAACUCGAGCCCGUAGAAACUCCCGAAGAAGAAAAUAAUGAAGAGGAAAAGAAAGGGAGAUCUAGGGGCCUAUCUUUCGGCCGCCCACGUGCCUCGUCGAGGGCGACUAGCGAUGGACACGACGAGGAUGAAGCCGAAAAGAAGCGCAAUAGAUAUGCGUACGUUGCGGCCGAAGUGCUCUCUUCUGAUAACUGGUCUAUCUACGAGGCCUUGAUGGAAAGCCAACAGCUCCUGAGCGAUUUCUGGAAUUUCUUAAAACACCCAUCCCCUUUGGACCCCCUACAGGCUAGUUAUUUCACUAAGGUCAACGAAGCUCUUUUCGACAAGAAAACAGAUGAGAUGUUAAGCCUUUUGAAAUCCCUCGACGACGCCAUUCCCAAUAUGUUACAACACGUCGAUUGCCCCAUGAUUAUGGAUCUUUUACUUAAGAUCAUCAGCCUCGAACGUACGGAGAAUGGCCAGGGUGUUGUUGAGUGGCUUUAUACUAAAGAUGUCAUGCCGACAUUACUUUCGUUCCUUGGGCCGGAACAUAACUAUGCUACUCAAACGUCCGCUGGAGACUUCAUCAAGGCUAUCAUCACUGUCUCUGCCAACGCCUCGCAAAACGAGCAGGCUUGUAUUGGACCGAACGAGCUUACACGCCAGCUUGUAUCUAAACCAUGUGUUGAAAAGCUUAUUGGGUAUAUGCUCGGGGGUGGGAACUCUUUGACUGUGGGCGUGGGGAUCGUCAUCGAGGUUAUCCGAAAGAACAACUCCGAUUAUGACCCGGACGUUGGACCCGAUUCAAACGCCCCGCCUUCAAGUCGUGACCCUAUCUAUCUCGGUACCCUCCUUCGACUCUUUGCGGACCACGUGCCCGACUUCAUGUCUCUAAUUUUGAAUACCCCUGCCCAAAAACAGCGAUUAGACUCUACCUUCGGAGAAAAGAUUGAACCCCUCGGCUUCGAUCGGUUCAAGACUUGUGAGCUUAUGGCCGAGCUACUACACUGUAGUAAUAUGGCGCUGCUGAACGAAGUUGGUUCAGAGCAAGUUAUUGCUUUGCGAGAUGAAGAACGCCAGCGCUUGCGGGCCGAAGGUCGGUUGGCAGUCACUCGUGUUGAAGAAGUACAAUCAACAGAAGAUCUGACUAUGAGGAUGCGCCACUCCUCUCCAGAUGAUGGUCGUCGUCUUGAGGUCACAAAUGCCUCGGACGAUGAUGGGUUUGAAGAAGUUACUCCGGUAAACGAGAUGACCGAGGACACAUCGCAUGAAUUUGUCAAAGCUGAAGAAGAAAUCCGCCCAGUCUCAUCCUUCCUCGAUAGAGACGACGACGAUUUUGUAGAGGAGCCGCUCAGUUCCCCAAGGUUAAAUGUCCAAGACGGGAGAGUCAAUGAGCAACAAUUCGAGAACCCCGAACUGGUUGUUGCGCCCCUUUCACCUAAAAAGCCAGAUGCUACACAUCAAUUACCACAAAAAGAGGAUGAUGCUUCAGCAACUGAUUCCGCCCCAUCGCAAUCACUCCAGUCGGCCACGGGAACACACGAUGUAAAGGCAGAUGAGAAACCUGAAAAUACCGGACCCCCCUCAGGAAGUGUUGAAGGAGCACAGUCACAGCAUGCAUUAGAACCGCCGCCUCCAACCACUGUCUCCGAGUUAAUGGGAAGUAUUCCUAGCUCUGCAGCUCAAAUGGGAGAUGCGAUUCUUCCAUCAUCCACUGAGAAGGCCGGCACAAUGGCCACGUCUUUAGAGAGCGAGUUGAGUGCAGUUCCUAACGAACCCUUACAAUCACAAGCAGAGAACACCAGCGCCGCUCCCGAUAUUCAAGUAGGCGAAACUCCUAUAGCAAGCACUCACCAGCCUGGACUUGCUACUGCUGAACCAGCAGAACAUCACGACCCAGUCGUCGGUGACUUCCUCAAGACGCAAUUCGUGGAAUACCAGGUGGUGCCAACAAUAUUAUCUUUCUUCUUUAGAUAUCCCUGGAACAACUUUCUUCAUAACGUCGUCUACGAUAUCGUCCAACAAGUAUUUAAUGGCCCGAUGGAUCGCGGUUACAAUCCUACUCUAGCUAUCUCACUAUUCGAAGCUGCCGAUAUCACCAACGCCAUUAUCAACGGCCAAUCAAUUAGUGAACAGUCACAGACCAAAAAUAAAACACGUAUGGGUUACAUGGGCCACCUCACACUUAUCGCUGAAGAAGUGGUUAAGUUUACGGAACGUAAUCCACCCGAGCUGUUAUCCGAACUUGUGUUAGACCGUGUGAUGAGCCAGGAUUGGAUCAAUUAUGUCGAGGGCGCCCUAGCAGAAACACGGGAAAGGGAUAAUGCUAUUCUAGGUGGCGUGAGACCCGAGGUUGCUCUAAGUAACAGGGCUCAAAUGGGCGGUAAUGGCCUGGGUGGUAUGGGAUUGUCGAGCCUCGGUCUCGGUGGUGCGCAAGGCGGAGGCUCGAACGCGCUUGCGGAAGCUGGAUUGAAUGGCGGAGGCACCAUGGAAAUGCAGGAUAACGGCAGUGGAAGCAGUAUCGGCCCCUUUAGCAUAAGCUCUGGUUUGCUUUCCGGUUCUGGUUUCGGCAGUUCCAGUGACGAGGACGAAGAUGAUGCGGAAGACAACGAGGAGGACGUCAAUAACGAGUUUCGUGCGUACACCGACCCAUUGAACUCGUCUUCAUCAAUGGAUCCUCCCUCCGUACCGCCGCCACCGCCCCCUCCGCCGCCACUAAACAUCCCCCCGUCGCGAGCACGUCUACAACUUGCAGCGAGACUCGCUAUGCAUCAGAAAAAUGCCACAACCUCGGCACAAUCAGAGGGUGCAGAGAAUAACGAAGCUGGUGGGUCUAAGUCUGGCAGGGAGGCCGAAAGCAUUCUUCGCAAUCCAUUCGAGGAUGACGGAGAGGAUGACGUCGACGACGAAAGUGACGAUGGUCUGGGCGAUGAUGACAAUACGGAUUCCUGGGGUGCGGGACCAUCCAGAGGUAGUUGGUGGCGAGGUGCUUUGGGGAGAGGGAAGGAGAGAUUUGGGGAUGGUAGAGAUGAUUCCGACUCAGAUAAGGAUGAACCGGCUGGGGGUGAUGAAGAAGACGAAGAGUUUGGUGAUUUUGCAAUGCCCGAAGUCGACAAGGACGGAAGCAACGAGAAAGGAGGGGUCAUUGUGAAGCCCCUACCAGUUCACCCACCUUCUCAAAGUCAAAAGACAUCACCCUUUACAAGUCUCUGGCCCUUUGGAUCGAAGGACAAAGAAAAGCAGAAAGCUAAAGAAGGCGAAACGUCCGAGAAACAUGAAAAUCCAGAUGAUAUUACAGGCGAAGACGGCGAAAAGAUUAAGAGCACUCACGAAGCGACCCGAAGGACGAGUAUCGAAGACCCUGACGAUGAAGAGGUGGUUGUUUAG